GGAGUCGCUACAUGCUUAAAAGAAGUAUAUCCUGCGAUAUUCUUCCAAAGUACUUUUUCUCAAAUUUUUAUCAAAAAUUAUCAAUAUGUAUACAUCAAAAUAAAGUGUGUGGUGAAGUCAUAUACAUUAAAAGUCCAGCGGUUAAGUUUUCCUACAUUUUCUCUGCUUUUGGAUCAGAUCGAAAAACAAGAUGUUAUAAAAAAUAUAUUUGUCCCAGUGAUGUUGAAUAAACAAUUUGAACCUCUCUAAUAAUUUUAAAUCAUAAUAGAAAGACAGCUCUGUUUUUAUACUAUUAUUAAACACUUUCGAGGUUAUUUUAUUACGACAGAAAAAAAAAUUGGGAGGAAAUAUACUUAAUAGAGAACCUUCAUAACUAAUAAAAUGUCAAAUAGUCAUUUAUUUUUAAAAUCUGGCUUUCCAAGUGCUCCUUUGCAGAAUGGUCUUGGACGGUAUGUGUGUCAACUUCAGAGAGUUACACUUAAAUUUUGUAAAAACAAUGGAUCCAGCAAAGGCAUGCGGGAAUUCAUUGAAAGUAAAUUAAUUGAUUUUGCCAAAGAGAAUCCUGGAAUCGUCGUCUAUGUUAAGCCCAGACGUCACCGUACUCCUGUAUUAGUAGGAGAAUAUCUUAAUGGAGAACGUGAGUGGUUAAACUGUCGAAAUUCAUCUAAAGAUGAUAUACUGAAGUGGAUAGAACUUCUGAAGACCCAAAAUGGGCCAUCAAGUGCAACACGUUUACGCAAAAUGUGGCACACUGAUGUUCCUUCAAUUCAAGGCCCCUGGACGCCCUUUAUGUUGCGUAAUCCUGAAAAUAAUUUAGUAAAUUAUCCUAACUCGGAACUAUCACAGCCUUUGGACAUUCAGCAGUCCGCAACUGAAAAAUUAAUUGAAUUAUUUAAAGAACAACAAAAAUUAACCGAUGCCAAAUCUGAAAAUGAAUUUUUGACAUCAAAACGAGCAGAAUAAAUAUAGUAUGUUACCAAAUGUUCAAUCUUUUAUUGGAAAAGUUGUUCUAAUUGUUUUCCUAUUUGUAUCUUUGGGCGAGUAUGACUCGGGUCGUUCCGGAGCGAAGAUCCAAUUGUUGUGGGAACGUCCUUUAAAUGUUAAAUAUACUGGUUCUUUGACAUAUAUAUGCAGUUUGCUGCGCAUUUUAUAGAUACAAAAUUCCUAAAAGAACCAUGAUGAACUAUUAAACAUGUAAAUAAAACGAUGC